GUCUAAUAAAAUAACCGACACAUAUCGCAGCAGAAAUGCAGGAUGUUUCACCGGAUGAACAGACUGUCCCUUCAAUUUCUACUUAAAAUCUUCAGUGUUUUGGUUCUCCAUCUUCUCCUAACACACUCUUGUAGAGGUCAGUCCCAGCUAAUUGGUCCGUCUCAGCCAAUAGCAGCAACAGUUGAUGAUGACAUCAUGUUGCCAUGUCAACUGCAACCUGCAGAGGAUGUUUCUGCCCUGACAGUGGAGUGGACGAGAUCUGACUUAGACCCCAUAUUUGUGCAUGUGCGCCGUGCUGGUCAGGACGUCACAUAUAUUAAACAUCCAUCAUACAAGGACCGAACAUCACUGUCCAUCGAUGGGCUGAAGCAGGGAAACAUUUCACUGAAACUCUCUAAAGUGAAACUUUCUGAUGGGGGCAAAUACAGAUGCUUCAUUCCAGAACUCAGUAUACAAUCUUUUGUUGAGCUUAUUGUUGUAUCAGAUGCCGUCUCCUCGCCUGUCAUCAGUUUAGCAGGUAUUGACAGAGUCAGAGGAGGAGUGGUGUUACAGUGUGAGUCUAAAGGCUGGCAUCCACAGCCUGAGGUGCUCUGGCUGGACAGUGAGGGAAACCUCCUCUCUGCUGAACCUACAGAAACAGUCAGAGGUCCUGAUUACCUCUAUACUGUCAGCAGUAGAGUGACUGUAGAGAAGAGACACAGCAACAACUUCACUUGUAGAGUCCAGAACACCAACCAGAUCAGAGAGACAAACAUUAUUGUUGCAGAGGAUUUCUUUCAGAUCCAGCCCAGUUCUUCUUCUGCCAUAAUCCGUUUGGCUGUUACUUUGGUUGUUUGCAUCGGGUUUAUUGUUGCAGUUUUCUUUUUUGGGUGGAAAUGGAGACAAAGCAUGAUAAAGACCAAGAGCUGCUGGGAUGAAACUGAAGGAGGAGGAAACAAGAAGCUUUCUAAAAGUGAUGAUCCUGAAAUGCAUCCUCUCAAUGUAGUAGACACAGAUGGAGAGACGUUCACAGUAACUACGGCAGUGUCAGAGGAGAACAAGAGAAAAAAAGAAAAAAAGAACAAACGUUUGGAUAGAAAACAAACCAAUGCUGACAGACUGCUGCAGGAGGAGAAACAGAACAGAGAGGAAGAAGUGAAGGACCUGAAGAAUCAGCUGGACUCAAAUCAAAACCAGGUUGAAAACAAACAAGCUGAAUGUGAUCUCACGGAGCUGCAGCAGCCCCAUGAAGAGAAUCAGAGGAGGCAGAGAGAACUGCAGACCCUGAAGGAGAAUCUGGAGACCAAGACCAAAGAGGUUCAGUAUCUCAUCAUCUCUACUGUUUGAGGCAGACUGAAUGGAUCCAUACAUCAUCUUAACUUUAUUAAAUUUACUUCUUCUCAGUAACAUGUUGCAUAUAAAAUCCCUUUGACUAUACACC